GAAUCCGAUCUCUCCACGGACGAAUGGGAGAUUUGGUGCGCGGAAUAUAUACUAGAGUGCGUGAUCGUCGCAGCAGGAGAAACAAUCUGUCCCUGAUUGCAUAUAUGUUUCCUGACGAUCUAUCUGCCGGGACGGACCCCAGCCGUGCAGUGGUUCAGAUAGGCUAAUUGCUUCAUCCCGGUUGGAAUGGCUAUGGCCGCCAAGAAGGUGGUGCUGCUUCUGGGUCUCCACGAGAACGACGCAAAGGAGCAGCGGAAGGUGCUCAAAGCAGUCUCCGCUUUCCCUGGCCUCGACCUGAUCGCCAUCGACAUGAAGGAACGCAAACUGACGGUGGUCGGCCUGGUGGAUCCGAUUGAGCUCGUGACCAAGCUGCGCAAGCUCUGGCACGCGGACAUCCUCUCCGUCGGCCCGGCCAAGGACGACAAAGCAGCAGCAGCAGCCGCAGCCGCCUGGGACCAGAGAGAUGGCGGCGCCGGCGGCGUAAAGGAAGAGGGCGACAAGCAGGGGCACCAGGAGGUGGCGGUCGCCAAGCAGGUGGAGAGGCCCGACGACGACAUGCGCUCGUGGCCGCACGCGGUGGUCUACCCCCCGCGGUACCCGCCCCCCUACCACCACCACCACCAGUACGUCGCCGGCGGCCACGGCCCGCAGGUGAACCACCCCCACAACGGCGCCUACGUCGCCGGCGGCCGCGGGGCGCGGGAGAGCCACCCCAGCUCCUACGUCGCGCACGGCCACGGCGCACGGGAGCUCCUCCCGAACACCUACCCCUACGCCGCCCGCGGCUACGGGGCGCAGGAGAACCCUCCCAACGCCUGCGCCAUCUGCUGAUGAUGAGCUGAUCAUGAUCAUGGCGCCGACCGAUUGUAUUUGGUUGGUCCUCUGAACUUAGCUGCGCUCAUCAUCCCUGCACUUGGGUUGGCUGUAGAGGCGACUCAUCAUCAAGAUUCGCUGCAGUUCAACUUCUGAAUUCUGAUCAGUGUGCGUGUAAUGUGCAUAUACUUUUAAGUGAUCUCGUCCUAGUAUCUUGGUAUAUCGAGGUAUGAUGUAAUGUAAAAGCAGACUGUACGGUUACAUUCAAACAAGAGGUGCGCCAUCGCCCGGCCUUCCCA